AGGUUAACCAAUAAAGUUAGUUGAUUGCGCAGAAUCGUAUUUUACUCGGAUUCUGCGUUGGACCAAAAUUCAUUGGAAACUCUAGGAAAAGCCCUAGCAAAAGAUAGAAUUGUUAGCAGUGACACACACUUUGUUAGCGUAUGUACUCUCCUGCUUUGAUGCUAUCGGCCAAAGAACGGGAAUUAUAGCAGGCGCGUUAAACAUUACGGUUAAUUGAUAUACAAUGAAACAUAAUUCUUUCACUUUUUCGUUUAUUUUAUUAGAAAUAAUUACCCUGAAAGGGCUCGUAAUUUCAACUCCCACCUCUAUAAUCGCUAACGUUGUCUCUUCAAAUACUACAGAAAGCUCGGUACUUACUUCCGAAACUACUCUCGGAGAAAUUUUCAUUUCCACAACGCAACAAAUUACAACCGAGCUCUCUGUAAGUGAUACUAUAACAAGUAAUGUAAACGCGACUGCAGAGAACAAACAGAAUCCACAUACAUCUCACAAGAUACACCUGGAAGAAAAAGUACGUUCACUUUCGUGCGAUUUGCCACUUAUACCAAGAGAUUCUCGCGUUUGGAAGGGAAAUGAGACUCACGAACUUUUGUUACCUUCAUUGACUCCUUUGGAAUGUAUUGAAAGAGAAGACGGGAAAAAACAGGCGAACAUAUCAGGUACCAAUUGCACUACGGAUGCCCUUAGUUGGGAAGGCGCUAUAGAAAUUCAAAGCGGCGACGUGCUUCUGGUGAGAAUUGACGAUUCAGUGCUGACCCAAGAUGAUUCCACUAAUUAUACCGAGGCUGGGGCUCGUGUCAUUGAAAGAAUAAUGCACGAACCUACGACAGCUGUGUAUCAAGUGACACGUGCUGGUCAUGACCAUUGCGACGUUACCGAAGGGAUCCUUCUUGAUAUAACACCCUUAAAAAUCGAAAAUCGUAAAGUUGUUACUCUUUACGACAAGGAUUUGACGGAGGGUACUAAUCUACUCAUUGUGGUAUCAAAGCUUUGGGGAAAUCGAUGCGUACGUCUUAAGGUAACGGUUAAGUCCGAUAACUGUGGUGAAAAUGAAGACUGCUCCCGAAAAGGGAUAUGUUAUUCGAACACUUCUAUGGAAGGGUACGAAUGCCAAUGCUGUUCUGGGUUUGUUGGUCAACACUGCGAAGAGCAAGACGCUUGUUACCCAACACCUUGUAAGAACAAUGGUAUAUGCGUGGAUAUUUCGCAAGGCCACGAAGGAUCAUCUUUCCAAUGUCUUUGUCCUUAUGGGUACACCGGGAAAACAUGCGAAGAAGAAACAAAUCCAUGCAUAUCGAUGCCAUGUCAAAAUGGAGCGUCCUGUUACGGAAAUAUUACCCAAUUUUACUGCGAAUGUCCCCAUGGAUUUUCAGGACCGUUGUGCCAACACAAUCUAAACGAAUGCGAGUCGUCUCCGUGCGUACAUGGGAUAUGCGUUGACCAGGAAGAUGGUUACAAGUGCUUCUGCAAACCAGGGUAUACUGGUAAUCGAUGCGAAUAUCAAUAUAACGAAUGCGAAUCUUCUCCAUGUGCUAAUGGUGGAACAUGCAGCGAUCGUGUGAAUAGUUACUUCUGCGCUUGCGGGAGAGGCUACACUGGGAGGAGGUGUGAAAUUAAGAUUGAUUUAUGUGAGCCCAAUCCAUGCGCUUCUCAUCGAUAUUGUCUUGACCAGGGCAACAACUACACAUGCGAGUGUCCAAAUGGGUAUUCUGGUUCAGAUUGUGAUACACCCUUUCGUACUGCCUGCAGUAUAAACCCAUGUACAAAUGGAGGUACUUGCUGGAGUAGUAUGGACUCUUUUUAUUGCGCUUGUCGUCCAGGGUAUACAGGAAAAACUUGUAAAGAGGAGUUCGUCGUGAAAACGAUAACAAACUCUGACAUAAUCGAGGAAAGUAAUGAGUCAGAUCUACAAGUGCCUAUACCUAUUCAUAUGGAUCAUCUACAUAACGUUUACAUCGCAGCAGGAACUCUUGCAUGUGCUUUUGUCAUCGUCGCCCUUAUCGUCACAGUCUGCCACUGUCGUAUGAAUAAAACCUACAAGCGAUUCAUGUUUGGAAGACAAUUCAGGUGCAAAACCUGCCAUGGUGGCGGCCCGAAACCACCUACCACGAAUAGUGAUUGGUUCACCGGAAAAGACAAAGCUCCUACUGCGACUCCCAGUCGUAAUCUUCCCUCAUUGGACACAACCGACAUGUAUUACACAUUGGAUUUCAGCGAUAGUCAAAGCUCGCCCUUAAUCCAGUAAAGGGCGUCGUUGUUACAUGUCAAAACGUUCUACCUUUGUCAAAAACUGUUACGCACCUCACAAAUAAUGUUAAAUAAUGUUUGUUUUAGGCCUUUUCGGAUUUAUGUACAAUACAGGUAUCGUCAAUUCUUCACAUGAGCUUUAUAAAUUGUAAAAAGGUGUAGUUAUAGGUAUUUGUUAUUUAGAUUCAAAAUCGCACAGUAAAACUUUAAGUUUAACAUUAGAUUUAUUAAAUUGUUAAAAGUUACGUACAAAAAGUGCGCUUCAUCAGCUUGGGGAGUAACCAACGUUAUUGAUCCUGAAUCAGUUAACGUAGUUGUUAACUUUAGAUAUUUAACAAACUAGAUAUUAAAGAUAACGGUGUUAGUACUUAUUAGUCGUGCGAACAGUUCAUUUUUAGGAAGGCACCAUAAGAAUUGUUCCUAAAGUAGUUUGCUUUAGUUGCUUAAGCCUUUGAAUAUCAAUUUAUGAGUCAGAGCUUAAGCACAUCAGUACUUAGAUUACCGCUUUAUUAUGUUUAACUGUGGAACCGUACCUACUGGUAAUAAUGGUAAAGCAGGUAAAGGUAAUGUAAUUUAGGCACACAUGGCAAGAAACAAAAACAUCAAACACGCUGCCUGCGCCAUAGUCGUUCGCAGUUUAUCCUGUGUCAAUUUGACUUCUUCCUAACAAGAACAAUAUUGUAAUGUCCAACAAUGCAAGUACUUUUAUUUUAAGUGGACUUAAACGAGAUGUUUUUGUUUCAAAUGGAUUAUGAAUGCUCAGUGUAUGUAUGUAAGGUUGUAAUUAUACGAAUGUGGAUUUACGUAAUAAGAACUGCUCAAUGUAAGUUGCAUAUACCUAUAGGCAUCAUUCCAUCCAUAUAACCGAUAUCAAUCACUAAUCACCCUAUAAAUGUACCUAACAAAUAUUUUCGAUGCAUUUGUAUUAUGUUAACUGCAAUUAUAUUAAAUAAGUAAUGCUAUUUCUAAUAUAUGUAUAAAAGGUUAUACGUUAAAGCUUACUAAAACCAUACACAGAUUGUU